CUAGUCACAGGCGGAGCUGGUUAUAUUGGUUCACAUACCGUGCUGGAGCUACUCACAGCAGGCUUCGCAGUCGUUGUGAUCGACAAUCUCUGCAACAGCCAUCUGGAGUCUCUUCUGCGGGUUCACUACAUUGCCAGGAUCGAAUUUGAACGAUGCAGCCAGGGAGCACAGCCUGUUCCACCCAUUCUUUUCCACAGGGUCGACAUCCGGAACAAGCACAGUAUGAGCGGAUUAGCGGACAAACCAGAAUCGCAUGGCAGGAUCGUCUGUGUGAUUCACUUCGCUGCUCUCAAGGCGGUCGGAGAGUCCUUGUCCAUCCCCCUAGAGUACUACGAGGUCAACGUGGCCGGCCUCCUUUACCUCCUAAAGGCCAUGCGCGCCCACAAGGUCAACACCUUCGUCUUCUCGUCCAGCGCCGUGGUGUAUGGCAUGGAUCACGGAGCAGGUAUCACGGAGGACGCCGUGAACACCGCAGGCAAAGGCAGCGGCGGAGGCCUGCUCACGAAUCCCUAUGGUCGGUCCAAGUGGAUGUCAGAAGAGAUUAUCAACGACUUCUGCGUCUCGAAUCCUGGUUUCCAUGCGACAUCACUGCGGUACUUCAAUCCAACGGGGGCACACGCCAGCGGCCUCAUCGGUGAGAACCCAAAGGGCACGCCCAACAACAUCGUGCCUGUGAUCCUCCAGGCAUACGAGAGACGGCGCAGCAGGGUGCAAGUGUUUGGGUCUAGCUACGACACCAACGACGGGACUGGUGUGCGUGAUUAUAUCCAUGUGUCGGACCUGGCCAAGGGUCAUCUCGCUGCCCUGAGAAAGGCCGUCUUAGACCAAGACAACAGCACAGGAAUGAUAGCAGAACCUGACACUCACUACAACGUGUACAAUCUCGGCACCGGCAGAGGCUACUCGGUUCUCGAGAUCAUCAGGGCCUUCUCCAAAGCCGCAGGAGCAGACGUCCCCUUCUCGGUCGGCGCCGCACGCCCAGGCGACCUCGGGACGGUGACGGCGUCUGCCAACAAGGCAGCGACCGAGCUCGACUGGAAGGCCGAGUUCGACCUCCAGGACAUGUGCAGGGACGUGUUCAACUGGGCGUGUUCGAACCCAGGCGGGUACGAGCAG